AGACAAUAUAACAUGCCAUUCCUAACUCUCCCCCCAGAAGUCCAUCAUCGAAUUAUUUCCCAUCUUCUUUCCAACCGCGAUGUGGCCAAUUUCUCCAUCCAAUGCCGCACUCUCCACGCCCUGUGCGACAUGGAAACCCGCAAAAAGUACAAUCGGAUCCACAUAACCGGCAGGGAUGAGGGUAUUGAUCGCGCAUUUAACCUACUGAUGGAUAUCAUCCGACGACCUAGCCUUGGCUAUUUUGUGCGGCAGAUUGACCACUGGCAACCGCUGCGUGGCCCUGAAGAGUAUAAAGAAGGGGUCUUUGAGCGGGAACUGUCUGAUGAGGAUAUGCGGCUGUUGGCAAGUGCCGUCCGAAAGGCUGGUUUCGUAGAUCGCAAUGAACGCCGCGUGAUCAACAUGCUGAUGCAAAAGAAACAACACAAGGGACAUUUAAGAUGGGAUAACCGCUGCGCCUUUAUCACACAGGCCAUAGCGGCGGUUCUGGUCGCAUUAUCGCCUCAUCUGGUCUCUAUAGCUAUGACGCAGCCGUUCUAUAACUACUUUGGAUACUACAUGACUGAUUGGCCAUGGGCCGAAGCUGAUCACGUCGACUUUCCGCUUGAUAAGCUGUUCCGUGACGCAAAUGCAAAUCCAGUGGGGAAGCCAUACCUUCAGAAUCUGCGCAAGGUGUAUAUAAUUAACAAACAAGACCUGGACGACGAGCGGUACUAUCAGGAAAUGGACUUUAUCGGCUGUUUCCCGAUAUUCGAUCGUCUCCCAUCUAUCGAAUGGGUGGGCACGGAUGUCCUCGAAGACGAUCGGGAUAACGGGAUGCCGGAUCUUGUGCAGGGCCCGUGCAAUAUCACUCGGGUUUCAAUCACGCAUUCCUUCGUCGGGAGUACAUAUCUUGCAAAAGUGAUAUCGCCUUGCGCAAUACUCAAGGAAUUCCGAUUCACGAUGGGCGGCAGAGCGGAUCGGGGCAGGGGGUACAACACCUUCAACCCUAAAGCGAUCAUAAAAGCGUUAUGUCCACAUAAGCAAACAUUGGAGAUUUUGGACAUUGACAUUGAGGAGCAUGUUUAUCCCUUUUAUUUGGUGGACGACGAUGAAGAGCCUGAUUGGGGUGGAAGCCCAGACGAGGAAGAAGGGGAAGACGCGGAAUUCCUAUCCUCAUUCUGGGAAAACAGUGGCUCUUUGAAAGAGUUUACUGCGUUGAAAGAACUGAGGCUGGCAAUUGAUUUUCUGGUAUACUUUGCCCGGGGUACGGAGAGGGGAGGGGACAUGGUGGUAGACAGUCUACCGGACAGUCUGGAGGAGCUGACUAUUCUGGGAUAUCAGAAGGGUGAAAAUGAAGGGUUUGAUGCGCAAAUUGACAAGCUGAGAGAUGUUAUGGCGUCUGGAGCUUGCAGUUUGAAAGAGGUUCGUGGAAUUGAUGAGAUGAUUCCGAUUGUAGAGGGCGUGGGGGAUCCGGAUGAAGAGGCGGAUUUGGUAUGGGAUUUCAAAGAGGUUGGGUAUCAGAGUGACUAGACCCAUAUCAAGUAUAUAAGGUAGUGGUGGUAGAUUCAUCUCACUCUCACCUCACUGUCCUGCCUCGUCUCCCUCAACCCUCACCUCCGCUGCUUCCCACGCGUAUUUAAGAACUCAUCCUCUUCCUCCAUCUCUUCUCCAUAUCUCUACUCUCCUCGACCAUCCCAUCUCCAGCCUCCUUUAGUAUCUUACCUCCAUCUUCUACCUCUUGAUUCAACCAAUC